UGGCUAGGAGGAUACAAGCAGGAUGGCCAGCCAAUCACAUUUCAGGGGAGGGGCAUAGAAAGCUGUCUGACAGGGACCCUGCUGCCUGGGAGGAGGACCCAGGUCAUAGUCCAGAAGAGCGAGCGCCAGACACGGUGGGGAGAGACUCUUCACGCAAUCCCCAAGGACCAUCUAGCCAGGCGGCCCCUGCAGGCUGAGCGCCGUCACUCCGCUGGGACACACAGGCUACUCAGGGCCUUGAAGAUGGAGGCUGCCAUAUCCCUGGCGGGAAGCCAAGGCAUUAUCUCCAUUGCCGGGAUCCUCAUUGCCUCUGCUGUCUUCUGUCUGAUCUCCCUGGUCAUCCGAUCCUUCCGGCAGCAGCUCCCCCAGGGGCUGAAGAGGCUGCCAGGACCCUGGGGUUACCCCCUCAUCGGCAACCUGCUGGAGCUGGGGAGCAAUCCACACCUGACCCUGACCCGGAUGAGUCAGGAGUAUGGCGACGUGAUGCAGAUCCGGAUUGGCACCCGACCCGUGCUGGUGCUGAGUGGCUUGGACACCCUCAAGCAAGCCCUGGUGAAGCAAGCGGAAGACUUCAUGGGGCGCCCUGAUCUCUACAGCUUCCGAUUCAUUGCGGACGGCCAGAGCUUGGCUUUCAGCACGGACUCAGGGGAGGUGUGGCGAGCUCGCAGGAAACUGGCCCAGAGUGCCCUGAAGACCUUCUCUGUCUCCCCCAGCCCCAACUCUUCGUCCACCUGCCUGCUUGAGGAGCACGUCUCCAAAGAAGCCGACUACCUCGUCGGCAAGUUCCUGCAGCUGAUGGAGGAGAAGAAAAGGUUUGAGCCCUACCGGUAUGUGGUGGUCUCUGUGGCCAACGUCAUCUGUGCCAUGUGCUUUGGCAAGCGUUACAGCGACGAGGACCAGGAGCUGCUCAACAUUGUGAAUGUGACGCACGAGUUCACGGAGGUGGCUUCCUCCGGUAACCUCGCCGAUUUCAUCCCCGUGCUCCAGUGUCUCCCCAGCCGCACCAUGAAGAAGUUUAUUGAAUUCAACAGGAGGUUCCUCAGGUUGCUGCAGGACAUGGUCAAGGAGCACGAUGUGAGCUUUGAGAAGGGCAGCAUCCGAGACAUCACGGACUCCUUGAUUGAACAAAGUCAGGAGAAGAAAGUGGAAGCCAAUGCGAACAUUCAGCUCCCGAAGGAAAAAAUUGUCAACCUGGUCAAUGACCUCUUUGGAGCCGGUUUUGACACUGUGACCACAGCUUUGUCCUGGAGCCUCAUGUAUCUUGUGUCUUACCCGGAUGUUCAGAAGAAGAUUCAGGAAGAAUUAGAUCAGACCGUUGGCAGAGAGAGGCGACCCAGACUGUCAGACCGGCCCAUGCUGCCUUACACAGAAGCUUUUAUCUUAGAGAUGUUCAGACAUUCCACCUUCAUGCCCUUCACCAUUCCUCACUGCACAACGAAAGACACAGUCCUGAAUGGUUACUACAUCCCGAAGGACCUCUGUGUAUUUGUCAACCAGUGGCAAGUCAAUCAUGAUGAGAAGCUUUGGAAAGAACCUUCCGCUUUCAACCCCGAGCGUUUCCUCAGUGCCGGGGGGAAGGAAGUAGACAAGGCGGAAAGUGAGAAGGUGCUGGCCUUUGGCCUGGGGAAGAGGAGGUGCAUUGGCGAGACCAUCGGCAGGUGGGAGAUCUUCCUCUUCCUGACCACCCUGCUGCAACAGCUGGAGUUCAGCGUCUCCAACGGGGAGGAGGUGGACAUGACGCCUUUGUAUGGCCUGUCCAUGAAGCACAAGAGGUGUGAGCACUUCCAGGCUAAGCAGCGCCUCCCACGCCAGAGUUCAGAGUGAGUCACUGGACCCUGGAAGGGGAGGACGGGAAGAUCCCAUUUGAAUGUUACCCCUCAGGACCAUAAACGAAGAUUCAGUGGACCCAAUAUCGCUUCCGUUGGACUGCUCUACUGAUUUGUCCUGCCUCUCUGUUAUCUAGCUCUGUCACCCCGAGUGGUAGACUCACAGCAGACGUUCCAGGGUAGUCUGGCUCCUUCCCACAGCUGUGGUGGCUUUGCUGCACGGUUGCUGGGUCUCUACUGAAUUCCUUGUUUCUAAACGCUAUGCCAUGAAUGGCUGUUUGUUAUAAGGAGGCAGACGUUGAAGCCAUCGGGACCACCCAUGUGCUUAAAGUUAGACGUGUGUUUAAGACCUUUGCUAAGCGGGAACCUAACCCUCUCCCAAAGGUCACGAUGGCUUUCAUUGUGCAGGCCCUAGACAUCUUAGGAGGCAGAUCCUCAGCUGCAACUAACUCCCUAUUGGAACUGGGACAACUGAUUUGAUAAUUCACGACUAAUCCUUGUGUUCAGUCUCACCUAUGACAGUGCAGAGGGUUAGGCUUGUCAAUUUGCAUCGACUAUUCAAUUAAUCAAUAAGAGCUCCUCUGUCCUUGAAGUGUAGCAACAGCCUCAGGGCUGUCGCUACAUUUCAAAGGCAAAAGUGCUACGGGGAGCUUGGG